GUGCACUGCACUUACCUCUCAGCCAAGCCGACUAGAAUAGCCUGCCUGCCUGUACUGCCUACAUGUACUGCUUGUCUCUCUACUCUCUCGCUCGCUCUCGCUCUCUCUCUCUCUCUCUCUCUCCCUCUUUCUCCUUCCCUCCUACUUUCCACCCCGGAGUGUGAGAGCGCUCGGAGUGUGAGAGCACUGAGAUUCAGAAGGUGCGUCUCAGAUCCACUUUUAGUCAGCCUGAAGACGGCAUAGACGUUUUCCCCUCCUCUCUCGCUCUCACUCUGUCCCUCUCUCAGAGACUCUCUCUCUCACUCGCUCAUUUUCUGCAGAAGCACAUGGACUAAAUUUCCUCCAGAGAGACAGAGAAAGAACCAAAAGAAAAAUACAAUUUGUUCCACCUGCAGUUGGUGAAAAUAUUCAUUUUUUUAUGUUGUUGUUGUAGUCCCCCCUCCCUUCCUCUGCACAUGUAAACUCAGCUUUAAAACCAGAGGCAUUUCUACGUUUUUAUUUAUUUUUUAUUCCUUUUUGUUGUUGUUGAUAUUGACUGAUCUGAUACCAUCCCAAUUUCUCCGGGAGACAUGAGUGGCUGAAGGAGGAGAGGAGCCAGAGGACCCACCUGAAAUUACCACCUCACUGACACCCACACACAUCACAUUCCUCCAUCUAACCUUCAACGCUCGGUGGAGAGAAACGCAAGUUGUUAGUGGCUGAGCCUGGAGCCUAGGAGCCUAAUGACCAUGCUGUUGGCUCCUGUCUGUGUGCUUCUGCUGCUGGGAGGCCGUGUCCUUGGGGGAGGCUACCCUCCCAUGCCCCAGAUGAAGUACAUGCAGCCCAUGAUGAAGGGCCCCGUGGGACCCCCCUUCCGAGAGGGCAAGGGACAGUACCUCGAUAUGCCACCCAUGAUGGACGUAAAGGGCGAGCCAGGGCCACAAGGAAAACCUGGACCCAGAGGCCCAUCUGGUCCAUCAGGACUUCCGGGAAAACCAGGACUGGGAAAACCAGGUUUCAAUGGCCAGCCUGGCCCUCAAGGGCCUCCAGGCUUUCCCGGCAUUGGGAAGCCUGGACUUCCAGGUCUCCCAGGAAAGGGGGGCAUGAAGGGGAUGCCCGGGAAUAAUGGUGAGGUUGGGCUCAGGGGUGAACCAGGUCCCAGAGGACUUCCAGGUCAACCAGGUCUCCCCGGGCCAGCUGGCCUGUCUCUGAAUGGCAAACCGGGGCUUCCAGGCGGCAGGGGCCAACCUGGGUCUCGUGGAGAACCAGGACAGAAAGGUGGACCUGGAAAUCCCGGGGAGCGUGGAAUCAAUGGGGAGAAUGGCAAUGGGAAGCCAGGGAUACCAGGACCCAGGGGCCCCAUCGGGCUUAGGGGCCUACCAGGGCCAGCUGGUAGCCCGGGUGUGGGCAAACCAGGACUGAACGGGCUUCUUGGUCCAUCUGGGCCUAAAGGGGAUCAGGGGCUCCCAGGAGGAAUAGGAGAGCCAGGUGAGGCCGGCAAUCCAGGGCUGCAAGGCCAGCCAGGACCCAUUGGAUUGGGAAAGCCUGGAAAUGAUGGAUUGCCUGGAGGACCAGGUCCACUUGGGCCUAAAGGUGAGCCAGGGCUGAGGGGUUCUCCAGGGUUUCCUGGAACUCCUGGCUAUGGCAAGCCUGGUCUUUCUGGGCUGAAAGGAGACACAGGCCUUUCUGGGGGACCAGGGGUACCUGGGGAUAAGGGUGAGCAUGGGAUUGAGGGGCAGCCAGGAGACAUGGGUCCAGACGGACACCCAGGACCACCAGGAUUACAGGGCCCCAUGGGGCUCCCAGGAAAACACGGCAUGCCCGGCCUGAAGGGAGAGUUGGGUCCCCAGGGUCAUCCAGGUCUGCCAGGGUUCAGAGGGGAUCAGGGUCCCGGUGGUCUGUCUGGAAAACCUGGCAUUCCUGGAGACAAAGGCCCGCCGGGUCCUAAUGGGGCUAUCGGAAAACCAGGGCCCAAAGGUGAGGCAGGGCAUAUAGGCCUGCCAGGAAACCCAGGUCUUUUAGGCAAUCCUGGACCAAAAGGGGAGUUUGGGUUUGUUGGGUCUCCAGGACCAAGAGGCCAGUCUGGUAUCCCUGGUCUUCAGGGGCCUUCAGGGCCAAUGGGGCCACAGGGUAUACCAGGUCUGAAGGGAGAAUCUGGGCUGCCUGGUCUUCCAGGGCUGGGCAUGCUUGGAGAAAAGGGAGUUCCUGGUCCUCAAGGUCCCCAAGGAAAACCAGGCAACUCUGGGCUUAAUGGCAACCCAGGCCCACCUGGGCCACCCGGGCCCCCUGGCCCUGCAGGAAAUGGCCAAACCAUCGUGGCUGGGCCAACGGAUUCAGAGUUGGGUGGAGGCGAGGUACCAAACGGGAGGAACCCAAAACCACAGUUUGGCCGUGCAGAGCUCUCUGCCUCCCUGGCACCAGCAUUUACUGCCAUCCUCACCACACCCUUCCCUCCCUCCGGGAUGCCCAUCAAGUUCGACAGGACCCUGUACAACGGGCAGAAUGCCUACAACCCUGCCACCGGUAUCUUCACCAGCCCCAUGUCUGGCGUCUACUACUUUGCCUACCACAUGCACGUAAAGGGACUCAAUCUGUGGGUGGCGCUGUACAAAAACAAUGUUCCUGCCACAUACACCUACGACGAGUACAAGAAGGGCUACAUGGACCAGGCGUCUGGUAGCGCCGUCCUUGAGCUGAAGGAGAACGACCAGGUGUGGAUGCAGAUGCCCUCGGACCAGGCUAACGGGCUCUACUCCACCGAAUACAUCCACUCGUCCUUCUCAGGGUUCCUGCUCUGUCCCACAUAACGCCUUGCUAGUCAACUAUCUCCUAGGGUAACCCCUAGUGUCCCUAUAUAAUAACACCUGCAGCCGUAACAGAAUAACACCACCUGUAGAAUGUUAUCGUCAACAACGACAGAAAAGACUCUGUGAACGAAAGACAGGAAGAGUUCAAUAACAGGAGAAGGAUACUUCAUGCUGUGCUCUGUGUUUUUAUCUCUUUCUUUCAAAUGUCGGUUUUUUGGUUAUUUUUUUGGUUGUUGCUUAUAUUAUUAUAAUUAUUGUUAUUGUCGUAAUUGUAUUAUUUUUAUUUUGCCGUUGGCAUCAAUAUUGCUGUUGUUUAUUGGAUUCAGACUUUUAAGUGCCUUACAUUGUAAUGCGUAAGUAACAGUUAUUAGACCUACCCAUGUGACUGCAUAUCCUACUCAAAUGCUCUGAUCAGUAGGAUGAUAUCGUCGGACCCUGGGGCUCCGAUUGGUUCCCCUGACUGCAGUCACUUCCUGCACAAAAACCUCCCAUUUCCUCCCGUGUGCGUGUCCUCCAUUUUAUGUCAAGAGCUUGCUUAUUUAAAUAAAUAUUUCACAUAAAGAUGUACCAUUACACAUACAGUAUGAACAGUGUAUUCAAUGAACAAACUGUUCACAUUUAAAAAAAUGUAAAGACCUGCUAUAGGGAUCGAUGGAUCGUUGUUUAUCAGUAAGCUCUGAUGUUUUGACGGUCAACUCCCAGUUGUCUGUUGGGUGAUAAUUUCCUGGCUCUAUAAGAGGCUUGUGCUGAACGGAUUGGUGCUGAUAAUAGAAGCUGAUGCUUUUGGAUUGUGGCUAUUACUUGAUCAAAAAUAAGUAAUUGAUGUAUCCAACUGAUUCACACAAAUCUCUCUUUGACAAAGCAUCAAUAUACAAACCAGUAACCUAAAGAAUUCUAAAUAUAUAGGACACAUUAAAUUGACAACUGAAUAAAUCUAUAAAUAAAUGUGUAUGUUAAUCAUUAUAUUAAUAAAUAAAUAUGUGUCAGCUAAUGGACAGAAAGAAUAGGCCAAAUGCAUUAGGAUCAAUGCCAUGUUUCCCUGCAUCGAUCCAUCCUGUGGCUAUUCCCAUUAAUCACAUACACUGCAGAUCCCUUUAUUACAUUCUUUAUGCCACACAUACAGUAUACCAUUGACAUCACUGCGUUUUGUGUCCACUAACGCCAAGGCUGUGACCGAGCAAUCAAUGGCCUGGGUGGGGCCUUUCACAUUAACAUUUAGAGUGAAUAUUCUGAGCGAAAGCUCAUGUGAAAAGCCUCAUUCCGUCUACAAACUACAAAUCUUUCAGCAUUUCACAGAUCAACAACUGGCUAGAGGCCAUCCAACCUGUUUCUACAGAAUAACCCUUUAAAGGUUCAGAUCCAACCAAAUGGGUGCAUAGGGUGCAGUUCAAAUGAUCUCCUACAUCUUACACAGCCCUCCCAGUAUAUGGUGCUAUGGUGUUGAACUCAUUUAUGUUUAUACGCGUACAGUAACAAUUUCCAAUCCACCGUAAACCUCACCAUAACAAAGGUUAAUCAUUCAUUUUACAAUCUUUAGUUACUGUACAUCGCCAACCAAAAUGAUUUACCCAUUGCUCAGUUUGAUGGAACAUCUGAUAUUGCCACAGGAUAUUCUUAGCCGAUGUCUUCUGACAGAAUAUGAAAGAGGGUGCACUUUCGGAAAUCAGAAUGCAUGGAUCUCCAAAUGAAUAAGUAAAGGGAGAGAGAGAGAGAGAGAGAGAGAGAGAGAGAGAGAGAGAGAGAGAGAGAGAGAGAGAGAGAGAGAGAGAGAGAGAGAGAGAGAGAGAGAGAGAGAGAGAGAGAGAGAGAGAGAGAGAGAGAGAGAGAGAGAGAGAGAGAGAGAGGCCCGGUGGUUGUGAAAUCCUGAUUGCAUAACAGUUAACAUGGCUCUGCUAUUCUGGGAGAAACGGUGGGACAAAGGUGAGAAUUGUGUUUGCCAUGUGAGUUUUACUGGUGCUGUGUGGAAUGAGGCUGUGGGGUGCGACUGAUACACCCACCGUGUGAGUGUUUCCGGCUGUAUCUCUUCUCACUGUGUGUAUGUGUCUGUCUGUUCUACACACACACUCAACUCGCAUCCGUUAAAACUUCACCUGGGUGAAUUAUGAACUUCAGAGACCAUGGACCAUGGACAGUGUUUUCUGAGUCAUUUGGGAGCAUGCACUUCUAGUCAAUAUUCCACCAGUUUGAAUUGAAGAUUUGAUCCGGUUCAAAUAGGACGUGUGUGUCUUCAUGGCGAUUAAGUAAAUGGCCCUCAUAGCUUGGGAAAUGUCACAACAGAAGAGAGGAAUUCUGAUUGGUACAAUUAGUGGGCUACAUACCCACUGGCCACAGAUGUCAGUUCAACAUCUAGUUUUGAUUUACAUUUGGUUGAGUUGUCAACUAACAUUAAUUCAAAGUGAAACAAUGUUGAUUCAACCAGCUUUUGCCCAGUCAUGCAAAGAUGAGAAACGUACAAUAGAGUUAGGGGAAAUGUAUGCAAAGUAAAAUGAUUAUAUUGUUGGAAAAAACAUGCUUUUAAAACAAGGGGUUAUUGACUAACACUGGGCAGGUAAAAAAAUAAUGAAGGUAUUUUUGUGCAUUAAUUCUGUGAAUUUGGUCGGCAAACUGAUGGUAGACAUGGGAGAAUCUGGGACGGAAUGAACGGGACAAUAUCGAUCUUAAAGUCCUUCAUCUUCCAGAAACCUUGGGCUCAAGGUUAUAUCAUACAGCAUAUCACACUUCCUUAUUGUAAAUUCAAUGUAGGGAUUUCACAUUGUAUGUUUCAAGAUUUAGAGAUAUUAAACACUUUUAUAAAUGGUGGGAAUACAAAGUUUAGACUUACCCUGAUAUUCAUGGUGAAAGGAGCAGAAUGUUUAGUAGCACCCAUCUCUUUUCCUUUGUCUAGAUUUUGAGAUCUGCAACAGUACAACUUUUGAUCUAGUAUUAAUUUGAAUUUAUCAACACAAAUUGGAGUAUUUAGAGUACUAAAUAGGUAGAAAAUACUUAACAGAAAUGUCAAUAACUAAAUUUGGACAAAAAUGCAGAUAGAAGCUCUCAAAUACCCAAGAGUUCACCCUUUAUUCAGACUAGAACCUGAGGCCAAUAUUAAAUCAAAAUGGGUAUGCAGCACCCCCCCAAAAAAUUAAUAAAAAUUAACAUCAUGCAUGUUGGAUUUUCGCUACAAUUUUCUGCAUAUUAGACUAAUCAAAACAUACUGUAUUGCUGUGCCUGAAUAAUUGUUCUAGACAUCCUGGAGAAAUGGUCAUCGGUUUUGACUGAGUAGAACCUUGAGUCUCACAAUCAGUAUUUUAAAUGUAUGUAGGUCUAAUGGAGGCACUUUCACCGGUCUGUUUGUGGCCCCUUUUCUCUCAUCAUUAUCUGAACAUACCUAAAGCAAAGUCUAUGUGUCAUUAUUGUUGUGUGACAAUUUAAGGCUUGUUUUGGUUAUGUACUGUAUGUUGCCUUUUUAUUGCCUCAUUCUUUCAGACAUUUGGAAUGGUGUUUUGGAGUGGAGUGGCUAGACUAUAACUCUCCUUUUUAUAUUCUUUGUCAUAGACAAUGUCACUUGGUUGCAGAGUUUGCAGUGCGUGUGCAAAAACAUUUUUCUCCCAAUGUACUGCCUUGAUUACAAACUGACUUGUUUUCUAUUCAAUGAUAAAAAUAAAAAAAUAAAAAAAAUGUUUCUACUUUAAUAAGCCUUGCUUCGGUUUUAAGGGAUAUUUGUUUGUUAUAGUUUGGAGAUAGAUACAAACGGUCAUUCCCAUUUGCACAUGACAUUAAUGAAGAUGUAUUUAUACAUUUGUUAUAAUUUAACAGGAAUGCCAAAACCGACCACCGAAGCAUGGUAGAAAUGGUAUGUAACAGCAUUGAAUGAGUUAAGAGCAUUUAGAACAUGAAGUCAGCAUUCUAGCAUUGUUCGUGAAGGAUUUUUCUUGUGAUUUUUUGUUAAUUUGUUGUGUAAUGUACAAUGUAUCAACCUAUAGGAUUAUUUGUCUUGUACAUGGCUAUUGUGUGCACUCUAUGCAAUAGAACUUGGGUAUAAAAUGCACUCUUUUAGCUAGAUUUUUUUUGGUCUGCUUAUACAAAAUGUACAGUACUUGAUUGUAUUGAUACCACAUCAAUAAAUACUUUCUUGUA